AUGAAUGCUGCCUUCUCCACCAACAUGCGGAUCAAGCUGCCUGCCGCGGCUGCCUUUUUGGAAAUAGUCAUGAUUAUUUUAUUCGGGGUGUUUGUCAGAUACCCUCCGGAGGACGAGAGCAAGGUGGCUGAACUUUACUUAUACCCAUACUUUCAGGAUGUUCACGUGAUGAUAUUCCUCGGCUUUGGGUUCUUGAUGACCUUCCUGAAGAAAUAUGGUCUCAGCAGCGUUGGUUUCAACAUGCUCAUCGCAGCCUUGGGUCUCCAGUGGGGCGCCCUCAUGCAGGGAUUUUGGCACAUGCAUCUAAAUGAAAUCCAUCUUGGCUUGAGAAGCAUCAUCAACGCAGAUUUCAGCACGGCGACAGUCCUGAUUUCGUUCGGAGCUGUCUUGGGGACAACGAGCCCCCUGCAGUUGUUGAUCAUGGCCAUUUUCGAAAUCACCAUCUUUUCAUGCAACGAAUACCUCGUCUUCAACGUAUUUCAGGCGGCUGACACGGGGGCAUCCAUGACCAUCCACGCUUUUGGAGCCUACUUCGGUUUGGCUGUGUCCUUCCUCCUGUACCGCCCAGGUCUGAAGAAGGGGCAUGAAAACAAAGGUUCCAGCUACAAUUCAGACAUGUUUGCUAUGAUCGGUACCCUGUUUCUUUGGCUCUUUUGGCCCAGUUUUAAUUCGGCAGCUACAGGACUAGCAUACCAGCAAACAGCUAUCAUCAACACGUACUUCUCUCUGGCGGCGUGCACGCUCACCGCUUUCGCCCUCUCGAGCCUGGUCGAAAAGAGGGGCAAACUAGACAUGGUGCACAUUCAAAAUGCUACCUUGGCAGGAGGAGUCGCCAUCGGCUCUUGUGCAGAUCUGGAAAUCCAGCCCUUCGGGGCUAUGUUGAUCGGCAGCAUUGCUGGAAUCAUCUCCGUCCUUGGAUUCAGAUUCUUAUCUCCAAUUCUUGCCUCAUCCUUGAGGGUUCAAGACACCUGCGGUGUCCACAACCUGCACGGUUUACCUGGAAUUUUCGGGGGACUUGCAAGCAUUAUUGCUGGUGCUGUACAGGUUAACACAAACGUAACGGCUGGAAUGCAGGCGGCCGCUCUUGGGUGCUCCAUUGGGAUCGCGUUGGCAGGAGGAGCCUUCACAGGAUUGCUUCUGAGUUUGCCCUUCUUGGGACAGCCCCCUGACCAGAACUGUUACGACGACUCAGUGUAUUGGGAGGUCGCUGGAGAAGUGGAAGCACAAAGAAGCAGCCUUGAUAACAUUGAAGAUCAGAACAAAUUAAAUGUUGAUUCGUAGAAAGGAAGGAAGUCAAACCUUGUCUCCUUUGCCCUUUGGUGCUUUCUUCAAUUUGUCAGGAAAACAAAAUCCUGACCCAACUUUGUUUUUCUACCUGUUUUUCUACUGAUAUUAUAACUUAGCGCAAAACCGCUGAACAUAAGGCCUCAAUAAAAUGCUAUUGACAGGUU